UUAUUUUGAUAUAAAUUGCCAGUUGCCACCCUAUCAACCUACAAAAACGAUAUUAUAAAUGCAAGAGAACUGUGGUCGUCUUUAUCAAUGUACACUGACCGGGAAAAAAAACUGACCAGCCUGAAAUAUUUCCCAAAAACUACUAAAAAGUAUGUUUUCACGAGUGAUUAGUUUUAUUUGUUUCUUUUUUAGCUAAUUUAUACAUCGUGUGUCAACAGUAAUGUUUUUUUAAAUAAAAUAACGAUCACUAGUUAAAUUAAUAAAAUAAAUAAUUCGAACCGCGGCACGGUGCGGACGUGUGUGUGUGUGCUCUUUCGUUUUGGAGUGUUUUUUGAAGGAUUUUUUGGAAUUGUGCGUGAUUUGGCUGGCUUCUACACCUAAUCUAAGAUAAGUAAAUAUAAUAACAUAAUUUAAUGUAGUGCCUUUAUUGGCAUUUAUUUUCGUUUUUUGGUUGAACUUUUUCGAUUCAUUUCUUUGGUUUUUGCUUCCUCUGAUAAUACCUUAUCGUUGUUGGUUGUUGGGUUUUAUUCUUGAACGUUAUCUGACCCUAUGCGGGUUGAGUGUAACUGAAUAGCACUGUUAUUUUAAAAGAUGGCGAUCAAGUGUUCUAAAUGGAGUAAUACAAUUGGACGUACUGACAAUCACUUGUCUUGUAACACAUGUAAAUCUUAUUUUCAUUCAGAAUGUGCUAAUGCUGGUAAAGAAGAAUAUGACCAAUUAAAACUGUCCAAGCUGUCGUCUUGAAAAUGUAGUUUCUGCUCCAUUCUUCUGGAAGCUGGGGAAGCUACUGGGAUUAAUAUGUCAACGGAUGCUCUAAAAAAUCUUAACAGUAACAGCAUUGUGCAACAGCAGUUAAAACCUCUUAUUGAUGUAAUUUACGAACUUAAAGACAAUGUGCAAAAUUUAGUCAAAGAAAAUAGUUAUUUACGUGCUGAGAUAACUAAAUUAAACAAUGUUUUGUCUGGGAAUGUUGCUGAUCAUUCCACUCAUGUUGAUUUAGAAGACAGAUCGGCUAAAAUUUCCAAUGCUAGCUUGGUUAGUAAGAAUUCAAAAUCGACAAUUAUUGUUAAACCCAAAGAUGACAAGCAGACUAUUUCUAAAACUAAAUCCGAUGUAAUCAAAAUUGUAAACCCUCUGAAAGACAACAAAGACGGCAAAGUUAAAACAUUUAAAGAUGGCCGUUUGCUCGUAAAGUGUAAUGACCCUACCUUAUUUAAGAAAGUCACCAAAGAUAAAUUAGCAGAUGUAUAUGAAGUACGUGAAAUCAAAACACCGGGACCCCGCAUCAGAAUUUCCGGAAUUCCCAAAAAUGUUGAUCAAGACGACCUAGUUUCUUGUAUGAAGAAGCAAAACGACUCUAUUUUCGGUGAGGGUGCAGUUUGUAAGACAAAUGUAGCAUCUUUUCCUGUUGCCACAUGUGUCAUUUCUUCACUUUUUCAUUGUUGGACCUAACGCGAGGCGAG